AUGACGGGAAUCAGCCAUCUUCUGCCGGCAGCUCGAUUUGACAACCUCUCCAUCAUUCAAGUUAGCCCAGCCACAUCUCGCGAACUGCUUUCCCAUCCCCACUCGACUGGACUUAAUUGGGUUGCAGUCUCGAAACCAGCUCAUGCUCUCCAAUCGGCUCUUGCAACAGGAUCGAAUAGCGGCGCUGUUGUGCCCUUCCCGGCCCAACUGCCUGUCCCACUGGACAAGCCUACAAAAGGAGUACACGUCUCUCUAGCCUUGACAACCACCCCGGCCCUCAUUCUGACCUCGACUGGACCUGUUUCCGUAUCAUACCACCAGACGCGUUGCGAUAGCAACGGUGGCCUACCAGCCAGUCCCACUUUAGGCCGGGGCGUUUCAUAUGGUCUAGAGUUGGGCAAGCCUGUGAUUCCGGAGAAUCAGGUACCACACUCUGUUGCCUCCUUUGGCUGA